AGGCAGCAGCUUGCAUUAAAUUGAAAAGCAUUGACCCCAAAUUUGAAGAAGAAGAAUAAAAAAGAAGAGCGAGAGAAAGGUUGAUCUUAUCUUCAUCGUGUUGAAGAGACGAAAUGAUAUGAGAAAAACAGCAAAAUAAUAAUCUUUAUCAUCAUCUUGUAUUGUACUGUAAGGAGAAGGGAUGGAUACAGAGCAGACAUUCAUAAGGGUUCAAGAAAGGUUCUCUCAGAUGCUAACCCCAAAAGUCAGGGCUGCUUUUGAGUAUAUGUAUCUGUUCAUUGCCAUCACUCUUUUUUGCAUCCUUGUUGUUAUGCACGCCAAUUAUGUCCAACAGCCUGGAUGUUCAAGUCAGCUAUCUGGGGUUGAAACACGGGAAGCCCAGCUUAUUCAAAUCAAGAUAACUAGUGCAGGUUUGUGGUCACAGAAUGAGUCUGAAUCUAAUGUGUUUAUUGAUCAUGAUGGUGAUCAUGAUGAUGUUCCUGAUGAUGAUCACGUGGUCAAUGCUGUAACCGAUCACCAAGUUGAAUUGCCGAUUGCCGAGCAAGGAGAUGGAGGGGACCCCUUUUUGGCUGCAAAGAUGUGGUUUAAUUGGAUUGGUUCUGGUGCUCGUAAGGGCAAACUGGAUUUCGAGUUCUGGAAAACUACUGAUGUUGAGCAUCAUCAACAAGAUAAUACUGAAAGCUCUAGUUUGCCUGUACUUGAUAAUGUUCCACCUGCUGCUUCUGCUAAAACGGAUAAACUAGACACACGCAGUAGCUUUCCUAUAUCAGCCAAGGAAACUGUUAAAGCAGCCAUCAACCAUUUUGGCAAAAAGUGGCACCGGCGUUUAUCUUUCAUUUGGAGAGUCGCUAAGCAAAUCUUACGAGGUUUCCAGAAGUUGUGGGAUAUUACAGGCAUACAUGUAAACCUUGAUGUUCCUAAGUGGCUGAGAAUACUUUACCUGGACAGGCUUAACUCUUUCGCUGUGCAAUGGCUUGAGAAGAAGAAUAAAGCAUUUGAACCAACUUUUUUAUACACCAUGGAAAAGGGUUUCUUCUUGCUACCUGAAGAAGCCAAGUCUCGGCAUAAUAUACGUACUGCUAACAUUAGUAUAUCAGCCCGGCAUCCCUGCUUUGGAAACAGGUGGCAGCAACUUCUCAUAAACAGACUUGUUGGAUAUGACACCAUACUGAUGAAUAGUUUAUUGAGUUCCCCUGGUCAAGGCUACCUUUAUAAUUUCCAAACAAAAGAGUUUUAUAAUCUUAGUUAUGCGCAAGAGCCGCAGGAAGGCCCUGCAAAAUUUGGAGACUAUCUUGUGACCAAGUGUGGCGUGCUUAUGAUGUCACUGUUUGUUUUCUUUACCACAACGAUGUCAGUAUCAUUUACAUUGAGAGAGACACAAACACGUAUGCUGAAAUUUACAGUGCAGCUUCAGCACCAUGCUCGACAUCGGCUACCAACCUUUCAGCUGAUCUUUGUCCAUGUGAUUGAGUCACUCGUAUUUGUACCUAUAAUGAUUGGUAUCUUAUUUUUUCUGUUCGAGUUUUAUGAUGAUCAGCUAUUGGCUUUCAUGGUCUUAAUCCUUGUUUGGUUGUGUGAACUGUUCACAUUGAUCAGUGUCCGCACGCCAAUAUCAAUGAAGUUCUUUCCUCGUUUCUUUUUGCUAUAUUUUCUGGUUUUCCACAUCUACUUCUUCUCCUAUGCUUAUGGCUUUUCAUAUUUGGCUCUCUCCACAACUGCAGCAUUUAUGCAACACCUCAUCCUAUACUUCUGGAACCGUUUCGAGGUACCAACUCUACAAAGGUUCAUGCAAAACCGGCGUUCACAGCUUCAGCAACACCCAGACUUCCAUAUCACCUCUUCUACCAUCCUUGCUUCGACUGUACACAUCACUAGAUUGAACACUAGGAACCCAGGUUCAGUUAAUGCAGACAUGGCUUCUGGGCCUGCAUUAAGACCUGGACCUGACCAAGCAAUACCCGCCAAUGGAAUAGGAGCUCCUGGGCUUGAACAACCCUUGGAAAAUGACAUCCGAGAGAGAGUAGAUAACCACCCUAUGCAGAAUCCAGGUCAAGCGGAUCUUCAGCAAUCAGAAACCAAUCCCAACUCCGGGUCCAUGAAUUCGUUUAGCUCACUGUUGCUGUGGAUCUUAGGAGGGGCUUCCUCUGAAGGUUUCAACUCAUUUCUUUCCAUUUUUAGAGAUGUGAGAGAUCAAGGACAAGUUUAUGCUGAAUCUCCCAGACCUGAAAACCGGGAAACUCAAGAUGCCCAGCAAUAGCAAGCAUGGCCUGUGAAGGAGAUUGGAAAUAUGUAGUCUUGUAGCCAAUAGAUCUUUCUGUAUAUUACUUUGAAAAAUAUAUAGUGGUGUUUGCACAGAAGAAAUCAAAUAUUUAACAAUUUAUAAUUUUGAUGAUUUUGUUA